AUGGCUCCCAAGACCGCCUCGCAGCUUCGGCAUCUCCUCUUCGAGCACGGGGAGGAGGCACCACGGCAGUGGUCCAAAGUGGAACUGCUGCAGCGGGUGGAGGAAGUGACGGGCACCGACUACACCAAGCCGCAGAAGAAGGAGAAGUCCGAAUACAAGACGUAUGUCAAUCCCAACUGGACCAUAGCGCAGUUGCAGAAGGAGGCCUUGUCGGUGAUCUACGGCAAGGCCAACCCCGAUCCCACCGACCUUGUGGGCUUCGGACGCCACAGCCAGCUGACCUACGAGAAGUUGAAAGAGGGUCACGAGCAGUACUGCGCGUGGGUGGUGCAGACAGCCCGCGAGGGGCAAUGCAACCCUCGACUCCGGCGCCUUGCCGGAUGGCUUGCGAACGAUGUCACAGUGGUGCAGCGAGCCCAAGCCGAGUUCAUGACGAUGACCAAGAUGACGGACAAGAGCGAGGUGGCGGGCUACCCAGCCGAGCCGACGACUCCCCGCCAGGAGGUCCCAGCACCGCGGGGCAAAGGAUCGGGAAGACGAGGAUCCCGCAGUUCGCAUGCCCAGAUGGACGAGGACUCGGACACCGUGACAGUGGGGACCGAGAUGCUGGCGAACUUGGUACAGACGAUCGAGUCGCUCAAGGUGGAGGUGGCAACCUUGAAGGGCGAGCGCCCCCGCAAGAAGGCUGUGGCCGACGAGGGCGAUUCCACUCCGUCGAUGGCGGGAUAUUCGAUGGCGAGACGGGCACGGCAGCUUGAGCAGUGGGGUUCGGAGGUGAUUCCGCAGAUUUUUGAGAGUUUGGUCGUUGAUGAUAGGAAGGUUCUCUUGGAAGUGGUAAGCUCUUCCCCCAGCAUCCUGUCAGCGACGAUUCAGAGCGUUCUGGGACGACCGGAGGCCGCCAGCCAAUGUGGAAAGCACGACAGGUGCAUGUGUGGUUACACCCAACUAGUGAAGCGUUUUCUCCUUUACAACGAAUGUGAGUAUUUCGGGAGAAUGUCGGAAGUGUGGAAUGUGUUCGGUGAGCGAGGCACCGGUGAGGCGUUUAUGAAUGAUGAGCAGGUUCAAGAUGUGGAACAGCAGGCCAAAGAUUCCUUGAACCAGAAGGACUUCAGAGACUUGCGAGUUGUGUAUGUGACGUUGGGAGUAUAUGCCUACUAUGGCCUGACGCAAAAGACUAGGAAUCCAGAUGUUACAGGGCGUAUGAUCCAACGACCUGGAGAUCUGCCCGAUGAUCAGGUCGUGGAAAAUGCGAGUGAGGAAUUUGCAAGGGCAGCUCGCGCACGAGCCGAAGCUGAGAAAGCACUGUGUGAUUGGCAAGCCCAACAAAGAAUCAAUCGGGCCAUGAACUCCCGCAGCCGUCCAUGUGCCACCUACUCACCAGGUGACCUCGUGUACUUCUGGAGGACACAAGAGAGCGGCCAGGGACGCAAGAGUCCUGGAAGCAAACACGGGAGAUUUCUGGGACCUGCGAGGAUAUUGGCUACAGAGGGACGUAAGGAGUCCGAUGGCUCCUUGAGACCGGGGAGUUCUGUGUGGCUGGUUCGGGGGAGGUCUUUGAUGAAAUGCAGCCCCGAACAGUUGCGACAUGCAUCGGCUCGCGAAGAGCAUUUGGAGGCACUGGCUUCCAAGACCUCCGAGGGAGGCACGCCGUGGACUUUUCGAAAAGUGGCUGAAGAAAUAGGAGGCAAUCGCUACGAGGAUAUCUCUGGAGAGGUGCCCCUUGAAAGCGAGUGGGUCCGUGCACAAGAUCCUGAACAGGAGGAUCAGCCACAAAGGUUUGCAACGCCUCGUCAUCGAGUGAGGGGAAAACGGGGAGAGCCCGAAGCAGCCACGGAUAUGCAUGAUGCUCUAAACGAGGAACCGAGCACUCCUUCUGCCCCGAGUCGAGCACAACGGCCACGGACUGUCCAGCACUGGCCAGGAGGAGCGCUGUGUGCCGAAGGUUGGUGGGACCAGGUGCCAGAGGCACAUUUUGGAGAACACUGCAGCUACUGGGCUGAGGAGAAUGCUGCAGUCGAAGUGGCCAUAGACAUGCCGACAAGUAAGAGAGGUAUUGAACAAGCCUCCCGCAACUUGUGCGGGUACUUUGCGAGUGCUCUCAAGCGUCGUGCUGUGGAGAUGUCGGAAAAGCGACUAUCAGAAGGAGAACGGCAGUGUUUUCAAGAGGCCAAAGCCAUUGAGGUGAAGAACUUUGUGGCCUCGCGUGCAUUUGAAGCAUUGCCGCCGGGAAUGAAGCCCGAUCGGAGUCAGGCUAUGGGCAUGCGCUGGCUGCUCACCUGGAAGACACGCGAUGACGGUUCCCAGAAGGCAAAAGCCAGGGCAGUACUUUUGGGAUAUCAAGACCCGUCGUAUGCUCACAGAUCAACGACCAGUCCAGUCAUGACGCGUCAGACGCGUCAAAUGGUACUGCAGCUCGCUUUGAAUCGGAAGUGGUCCGUGUACAAAGGAGAUGUUUCCGGAGCAUUCCUACAGGGGCGAGAGUAUCCAGAGACGCUCUUGUGCAUUCCAUGCGAUGAAAUCUGUGAAGCAAUGGGACUGCAAGGAGGGAGUGUAGUUCGGAUGCGUAAAGCUUGUUACGGAUUAGUUGACGCUCCUCUUGAAUGGUAUCGGACUGUUGCCGAGUACUUUGAGGCCCAAGGACUCACUAGAUUAUGGUCUGACGCGUGCGCCUGGGUUUUUCGGAAGGAUGGUCAGGUGAAAGGAAUUAUUUCAGGGCAUGUGGAUGACUUCCUGUUUUCGGGGGAUGAAGAAGAUGCUGAGUGGCAGAGAAUCAUUCGGAACAUCAAGGAACGCUUUAAGUGGGGUGACUGGGAUAAAGAUGUGUUCAUGCAGUGUGGUGUGCAAGUGACUCGAGGCCCAGGCCAAUUUCGGUUAUCCCAACCCAACUACGUUGAAGGCAUUCCGGAAAUUCCCCUGAACAGCAGUAGGCGGAAACAGGAAAAAGAAGACACGACUCCUUAUGAGAAGUCUCAGUUGAGGGGGCUACUAGGAGCAUUGAGUUGGCACGCACAACAGGUCGCGCCACACCUUUCGGCGGAUGUCAGCUUGAUGUUGUCUGAGGUGAGCAAAAGCAAGGUGUCUCUGAUCAAUCGUGCCAACAGACUGUUAUCACAGGUGCGGGCCCGCAAGGACCAUGCAAUGAUAAUACAUGCAUUCAAUGAGUCUGAAGAGCUUGGGGCUUUCGCGUGGGUGGAUGCCGGAUCUCAGAAUCGACCUGAUGGUAGUAGCACCCAAGGAAUUCUUAUUGGAUUGGCUCCUGUUUCCAUGUUGCAGGGCGAGGUCGGUCAGGUGUCUCUUAUGUCGUGGCACUCGAACAAGAUCGAUAGGGCCUGUAGAAGUCCUGGAGCCUCCGAAACCCAAGCAGCCAUCUCAGGAGAGGACCUGUUGUAUUUCGCUCGCUACCAGUGGAGCGAGAUUUGUUUCGGAGAAUUGGACGUGAUGGAUCCUGAUAGUUGCGUGCGCAAGGUUCAGGGAACUUUGAUUACUGACAGCCGGAACGUGUAUGACAAAUUGCACACCGAGGUGUUAAGCAUGAAGGGAGCCGAGAGAAAGUCUAAUAUCGAACUCCUGAGCGUGAAAGAGGCCCAACAACGAACGCAGCUACAUGUGCGGUGGGUACACUCGGAGGCGCAGUUGGCGAACUCCUUGACCAAGAUGCACGGGGGACACGAGUUGGAACUCUACUACCGGAUGGGUCACGCGUGGCGUAUCGUCGAGGACCCCAACAUGAAGUCCGCCAGGCGUCGAAAAGCAGAAGGCCUACCUCCACUGGGAAACGUUCCGAAUGAGGGUGAUGAGCCGGCACACACAGGUGAGCCAGAUUCCGAAGAGAUUUGCAGUUAUUUGAUUCAGGAUCACAUGUAUCUCUUUUAG